UUCCGAACAAAGUAUCGAAUAAUGAUUACAAAAUUUGUUCUACCGGUUUUAGCUUUCGCAGCUUUCGCUGUUGCCGAAGAUUGUAUCGAUUACGAUGCCCACGCGGCGGAAAUUGAUCAGUGCUGCAGUGUGCCACUCGGGUUGCCCGCGGCUCCAUUUGAAGGGUGCAUGAAAGCAGCAGAGAAGCAAGUUCCGGACAAAGAAAUUCACAGUCUUCUAUCCUGUGCCUUUGAAUGUUACACGAAAGAGGUCGGCAUUGUCGCCGAUCAUGCGGUGAAAAUGGACAAAAUUAAAGAGUACAUGGGAAAGCUGGAGGCAACUGCCGGCAAUCUGAGGACGGCCGCUUGGGGAGCUUGUGCUGAAAUUGGGCCCAAAAUUGUUGAAGCCCUCAAGGGACACACACUGAAGUGUCAUCCGUUUGCGCUCGAAAUGAAGGCCUGUGUCAGUUUUCUGAUAGAUCGCAACUGCCCUGCGCAAUACUUCAAUGACAAAAGUGCCAUUUGCCAGAAAGUACGUUCCGGGGUGCCACCUUGUCAUCAUUGAUGGAAUGAGAAAAGCAAGUCAUCCGAUCACCAGCUGAAUGAACGAUCAAUCUGAUAAACGUUUUCCCCCUUUCUAGAACAGCAUAACAAUUAAUGUAUGAGUUUAAAUAUAUUCACUGAAAAAGUA